AUGUCUGGUGGGACACCAGUUGCUGGUGGAUAUAUGAGGCAAAGACAUAGUCAAGGAUAUGCAUCAGGCAAUGAGGACCUUGAAGAUGAUGCAUGUUCUAGGUUACAGCCUCUGUCACCGGAAACUCUGAGAACUAGAACUUGGACUGAGAUUCUUGAGAAUAUGCUAUGGAUUGCUUCAGCUUUGUUCAUAAUCUACUUUGGUGAUAGGCACUCCAAUUUGAUAUAUCUGUUGUGGCACGAUGAGCGAAUCAGAAGAAUGCCUUUGUACCUUGGCUUAAUUGGAAUUGGAUUGGAUGUUGCCCUCUUCUUUUAUACAAGUAUGUUAUCAUGGAGUGUAAGAAGGUUCGACGAAAAGUGGGAAUUUUUAUGCAUCAUUGCUUUGCCAUUUCUUACCUUGCUCGGACUUGUCUCGUUUUGCUUGCUCUGCUUUGCGUUAUGGCCUAUUUGGAGUUUCUUGACCCUUCCUCUUCUGUUCACACUUUUUAUGGCUGGCCUAGUUCUAUACCCUCAUAUCAUGAUCGAGACAUUGAGGCCACAAAACGAUUCUUUCCGUAUAGACUAAGCGUUCCGGUAUAAAGACACAGUACUGACUUACAUGAAGAUAGAAUAUAAACAGAUAGUUGGCUGCAUCAGCUGCCUUAGCUCUUCGUGACAGUUUCUUCCCGUUGGUGUGCCGAUGAAUGAUGAUGCGGCUGAUUGUCAUGAAUUAGUCUUAUCUCUUACCUUGCCUUGAUAACGCUUAAUUCACCUUGUUAUUGCAUCUUAGGAUUUCGAGUACAACGAUCAAAUACCGGAGGGAAAGUCUCUCUUACGGUCAACUUUGAGGUCAUCUGAUGAUAUUGAGGUAUGGUUUAGAUAGACAUGAUUGUUCAUUCUUUUGUAGUGAAUCACAUCUCUGUUGCUUUGCAUCCCCCUCUCGUGUUUCUCAACUGUUUACUUUUCCGAAACAAAGAGGAUAUAUUGGAAAGAGUGUCUUGUCAUUUUCGGUAUUGCAGUCUCAGAAUUUUAGCUCUCUUGUUAUUGUUUGUUAUAAUCGGUUCUUGUUGCA